AUGGGAGGCAUUCCCUCUGGAUAUACUUGGGAUUUUGGAAGUUUUGUUGGUAGCCACAUGGACCAGCAUCGGCAUCUUUGCAGGGGGGUGCACGCCACCAGGCAAGGUGUCACUUGGAUUAGCCAUUCACAAGGCCAAGCCCACAGCCUGGCACGUUUGGAGCCAUGCGACAAGCUGUCUCAAGCACAGAUGUUGACCCGUCCUCACAUUGACAUGCAGCGGACUCAGCCUUCGGAUGUUGAACUACAGAAACUUUGCACCGAGCUAGCCAUCCCUGUUGCCGUGCUGGAGCUGGUAUGCGAAACGAACUUGCUCACUCACUCUGGGGUAAUUAUAACACAUAUAAGAUUUGCUUACCAGCUGCUCUACCGUCUCUGCAAAUCCUCAAAUCCUCAAAUCCCAUUCUUGACUACCACCAAGAUGGCUGCCCAAACUACCCACCAAGAUAUCACCUACCCUUCUACACUGCGCACGGACGAUGAAGGAAUUACCGUUGCAAUGCAGCCAAUCACAUACUAUCCGCUAGCCGAUCACGGAGCGCUACCCGUCGACGGGCAGCGUAUUGUCGAUACGACGCCGGCCGCCCCCACCAGCACUCCACCAAAGCCCUACCAGGCUGCUUCUCAUCAGCUCACAAGCGACAACUUAUCAAAACACGACAAGGGCUUCGAUCCUCUGCUAGAUGCCGCCCAAAAGGCCGCCAAGGCAUUGGAUUUACAGCGAGCAGGCAACGAGCAGGGCUUCCAUCUCGACCUUCAUCACUACACCAACCAUCGGUUUGAUCUCAAUGGCUGGACCAGACAACAAGCGCAAUGA